UUUCAUUACUUUUGGAAGAGAGAAAAAAAACUGAUAAAUUGAAGUCGCAAAACGAUCAGCGAUAAGGAUAGGACGCUAAUCCCGACUAGUCUAUAGUCUACAAAUUAAUUCGCUGCGGAAGUUCAAAAGUCCAAGUCAAACCCUCCGGAGAGAAUCAUUUUUCCCCCAACCUCGCUUAUCCGCACGGCGAUGGGUCGUUGAGGUCUACAGUGGCUGAAAAUGGCAUUUCAGCAAAAUGAACCCUCGCCCGUUUCGGCUCAGUCCUCGUUGUCCUUUACCCAGGGAUUUCUUCUAGGACAACUCUCCGUUGUACUGUUGAUCGGCGCCUUCAUCAAAUUCUUCAUUUUUGGCGAAGCUCCUCCACCGCCAUCCCGCGGACUUUCUCACCGCGCUUCAACACACCGACGCUCCAAUUCCAUCUACACCAUAAAUCCCAGUGAGGGAAAUCCUAGGUCGCUCAGAGAGAAACCGUCCAACUCUAACGUCCUUCGUCCCGUGCCGUCGUCCUCCACGAAUACUCGGUCCAUUCUUCGGAAAACCUACUACAGCGCGAUACCUACAAACCCCUCAGGGAAGCAUGGCCGUCAUAGGAUCCAUCAUUCUUCUCAUCAGCCAGAAUCGUUGGAUUGGUUCAAUGUACUGAUCGCGCAAACCAUUGCGCAGUACAGGCAAACAGCGUACCUACUAAAGGAUGAUCCGACAUCCUCGAUACUCAGCUCGCUGACUGCGGCAUUGAACAACCCAGAAAAGAAGCCUUCCUUCAUAGAUAAAAUUGCAGUGACGGAUAUAUCCCUAGGAGAAGAAUUUCCAAUAUUCAGUAAUUGUCGCAUUAUCGCUGUGGACGAUCCCAAUUCUGACGGCGGAAGGCUUCAGGCAUUACUGGACGUCGACUUGAGUGACGACAACCUCUCUAUUGCUGUAGAGACUUCACUGUUACUGAAUUACCCCAAACCAUGUUCUGCUAUCCUUCCAGUGGCCCUCUCCAUCUCAGUGGUGCGGUUUUCAGGGACAUUAUGCAUAUCUCUCGUUCCAGCAUCCACCCCCCCCCUUCACACGCCGUCGCCCUCACCUUCACCACCAACCGCAGAUGGGGCUGCGAAUGCACGGACACAACCUACAAAUGGGCCAAGAGGCCCCGCCCAAGAAUCUACUGACGCCCAAGAAGAGUCUCCACCGAAAACUAGCCCGAAAAGCAACGUCGCGUUCUCUUUCCUUCCAGACUAUCGAUUGGAUCUGUCAGUACGAUCAUUGAUUGGCUCCCGUAGCAGGUUGCAAGAUGUACCGAAGGUUGCUCAAUUGGUAGAAGCCCGUGUCCAUUCAUGGUUCGAGGAACGAGUAGUGGAGCCCCGAGUACAAGUGGUAGGCUUGCCGGACCUGUGGCCUCGCAUGGGCCGGACAGGUGUACGGACGGGAGAGGAUUCUGAAACCGGCUCCAACGCAGCUUCCCGGUCCGCCAUGUCUGCUGAUAUGGGCAAUUCACUUCGAGCCGAUGAUAUAGGCAGGGACCCUGAGGGGUUAAGGUUCCGAGGGCUGGGAACACGGCCACCGUUCGAUAGUGUCUCGCGAACGAGUAGUUUCAAUGUCGAAACAGGUGGCUUUCGCAGUCACAGCAUGACCCGAGAAGGCAGCGGUGGUGGCAUGAGUGAUGAAUUUCAAAUGCCCGGCACUUUACCUGGAGGUGCGGCCGCCAACUAAUGGCUUUAUUUUGCUAAUGUAUACUAACCUAUGUUUUCAUAAAGAGGAUCUUUUUGCGUAAUGUGCGCUUUACACGUGCAUAGCGAAACCAAAU